AUGCCGGGGGCCGGGGCCGGUGCAGAGGAGGGCGGUGGCGGCGGCGAGGAAGCGGCGCCGGGAACUGGCUCGGAGGCCGGGGCGGUGGCUGGGCGGGAACCCUCGCGGCUGUGCGGCUACCUGCAGAAGCUCUCCGGCAAGGGCCCGCUGCGCGGCUACCGCAGCCGCUGGUUCGUGUUUGACUCGCGCCGCUGCUACCUCUACUACUUCAAGAGCCCGCAGGACGCUCUGCCGCUCGGCCACCUGGACAUCGCUGACGCCUGCUUCAGCUACCAGGGCCGCGAUGAGGCUGCGGAGCCGGGAGCCGACCCGCCCACGCACUUCCAGGUGCACAGCGCGGGUGCAGUCACAGUGCUCAAGGUGGGACAAUCGCGCCCCGAUAUAAUUUCCCAGCACCCAAAUCCUUCUGCAGAAAAAGCCAGAACUGUGCUCGCUGUGGAAGCUACCCCUGGAGAGCUGGUGGGAGACCGAGCUGCUCGCCAGCCAGCCCCAGGGCAUCCGAAUUCCAUUAACUUUUACUCUCUGAAGCAGUGGGGUAAUGAGCUCAAAAAUUCAAUGUCAUCUUUCCGUCCUGGGAGAGGGCACAGUGAGAGUCGCAGGACCGUGUUUUACACCAAUGAAGAGUGGGAACUUUUAGACCCACCUCCUAAGGACCUCGAGGAGUCCCUGAUACAGGAGGAAAGGAAGAAGCAGAUGCCUGAGGGAAGCAAAGGCGUCACUAGUUCGGGAUUCCCCUUCGAGUUUGGAUGGAACCCUUACAAAGGAAAGCGCCCCUUGAAAGACAUAAUUGGGUCAUACAAAAAUCGCCAGAGCAGUGGUGAUCCCUCCAUUGAGGGAAUGUCAUCGGGUGGCGGAAGCCUCGUGAAGCCAGUCUCCGAGAUGCAGCUGCAGAUUGAAAGCCAGCAGGAGGAGCUGGAGCAGCUCAAGAAGGACCUGUCCAGUCAGAAGGAGCUCAUUCGGCUGCUCCAGCAGACAGUCCGGUCGUCCCAAUAUGACAAGUAUUUCACGAGCCACCAAAUCAGCCAGGGGGUCCCGAGGGACACACUGGAACUUCUCCACCAAAAAGACGAGCAGAUCCUGGGUCUCAGCGGCCAACUGGAGAGGUUCGGCCUGGAGAAGGAGAGUCUCCAGCAGGAAGUGAGGACACUGAAGAGCAAGGUGGGGGAGCUGAACGAGCGGCUGGGGAUGCUGAUGGAGACCAUCCAGGCCAAAGAUGAGGUCAUCAUCAAGCUCAGCGAGUGUGAGGGCAGCGUGUCUUCACCCACCACGGGGCCCACCUCUCCUUUGGCUACCCCAGCCAGCAGAGACCAGCUGGAGCUGGACAGGCUAAAAGAUAGUCUGCAAGGGUACAAAACCCAAAAUAAAUUUCUAAAUAAGGAAAUUUUGGAGCUCUCGGCUCUACGAAGAAAUGCAGAAAGGAGAGAGAGGGAUCUGAUGGUAAAGUAUUCUAGCCUGGAAGCCAAGCUCUGCCAGGUGGAAAGUAAGUACUUGAUACUGCUUCAAGAAAUGAAGACACCAGUUUGCUCAGAAGAACAGGGGCCUACCAGGGAUGUCAUAGCCCAGUUGCUGGAGGAUGCUCUGCAGGUUGAGAGCCAAGAACAGCCAGAGCAAGCAUUCAUUAAGCCUCAUCUGGUCAGUGAGUUUGAUGUCUACGGGUUUAGGACUGUCCCUGAUGACGAUGAGGAAGAGAAGUUGGUCGCCAAGGUCCGAGCAUUAGACCUGAAGACUCUGUACCUCACAGAAAACCAGGAAGUUUCCACUGGGGUCAAGUGGGAAAACUAUUUUGCAAGCACAAUGAACAGGGAGAUGGUAUGCUCUCCGGAGCUGAAAAACCUGAUCCGAGCAGGCAUUCCCCAUGAGCACCGCUCCAAGGUGUGGAAGUGGUGCGUCGACCGUCAUACCAGGAAGUUCAAGGACAGCAUGGAGCCCGGCUACUUCCAGACCUUGCUCCAGAAGGCACUAGAGAAACAGAACCCUGCUUCCAAGCAGAUUGAGCUGGACCUGCUGCGGACUCUGCCCAACAACAAACAUUACUCCAGCCCCACAUCGGAGGGCAUCCAGAAGCUGCGCAGUGUCCUGCUUGCCUUCUCUUGGCGAAAUCCGGAUAUUGGCUACUGUCAAGGCCUCAACAGGUUGGUGGCGGUGGCCCUCCUUUACCUGGAACAAGAAGAUGCUUUCUGGUGUCUCGUUACCAUCGUGGAAGUCUUCAUGCCUCGAGACUAUUACACCAAGACUCUGUUGGGAUCCCAGGUAGACCAGCGGGUGUUCAGAGACCUCAUGAGUGAAAAGCUGCCUCGAUUGCACACCCACUUUGAACAGUACAAAGUGGACUACACUCUCAUCACCUUCAACUGGUUUCUGGUGGUAUUCGUGGACAGUGUCGUCAGCGACAUCCUUUUUAAAAUAUGGGACUCUUUCCUUUAUGAGGGACCAAAGGUUAUUUUCCGUUUUGCCCUGGCACUUUUCAAAUACAAGGAAGAGGAGAUCCUGAAAUUGCAAGAUUCCAUGUCCAUAUUCAAGUAUCUCCGUUACUUCACUCGGACUAUCCUUGAUGCCAGGAAGCUGAUCAGCAUCUCCUUUGGGGAUCUGAACCCCUUCCCCCUGCGCCAGAUUCGGAACCGGCGAACUUACCACUUGGAGAAGGUCCGGCUGGAGCUGACAGAGCUGGAGGCCAUCCGAGAGGAUUUCCUGCGUGAGCGGGACACUAGCCCUGACAAAGGCGAGCUGGUCAGCGAUGAGGAGGAAGACACUUGAAUGAACCCACCCCCACUAGGAUGCUGCUCUUCUUGCCUUCAUAACCAAAAGUAGCAAAGGGGUUAACUCUAGGCACGUUUCUGCUCAUUCAGCUGCCAAAAUGUAACAUCUGUGGCCUCUGGCUAUCUGCUGGGCAGAUGUCCAGAACUAAGCUUCACUUUCUCACCUCGCAUUUGGGGGCAGAGGUCCGAUGGCUUUACAGCCAUUUCCAUAUCAUGGCAUUCGGUCACAUGCAUUGCAGUCAUGCUUGCUUCCCGACUGGUGACUCCCCAGUGGACUGUUUCCAAGGGCCUGUUUACAGCGUCUGCCAAUCGUGUGAGUGUUUCACCCUACAAAAACUGCCCCACAUCUCUUUUUAUUCAAGGACAGCACUGUGGAGGAAUGCAUAUGGGGCUUCAGCGUGGCUGCUUCCAGGGGCAAAAGGUCAUCAUAAGAAAAGGGACCUCUUGCCGGGCAGUUGGUGGUGAACGCCCUCAGCACUUGGGAGGCAGAGGCAGGCGGAUCUCUGUGAGUUCGA